AUGGUCUCAGCAGCCGAAGGCUUCUUUGAAGCCCUCAUUGAGGCGGGAGUCACUUACUGUUUUGUCAAUCUUGGGAGUGAUCAUCCGGCCAUGAUUGAAGCCAUGGCUAAAGCCAAGCGAGAAAAUUCGGAAAGGUUUCCCAAUAUCAUCACUUGUCCUUCAGAGAUGGUUGCACUGUCAGCUGCAUUGGGAUUCGCCCAGGUCACAGGCAAACCGCAAUUUGUUAUUAUCCUUGUGGACUGCGGUACACUUGCUAUGGGUCAAUCGAUUCACAAUGCAUCCGUGGCUAGAGUUCCUGUUUUGUGUUUUGUAGGUCUUAGCCCCUUCACCCAGAGAGGCGAACUACUGGGAUCGAGGACCGAAUUCAUUCACUGGCUUCAAGAUGUUCCAGAUCAGGCCGCAAUCCUUCGCCAGUAUUGCAGAUACUCGGCCGAGAUCAAAUGUGGUCGCAAUAUUAAGCAAAUGGUCAAUCGUGCGUUGGAAAUGGCUCUUUCUGAUGCAAAAAGACCUUCAUAUCUGAUGGCUACACGAGAGAUGCUUGAAGAAACUGUGGAGAGAAAAUGGCUUGAAGAAGAGCUUCUGAGUCCGAUUGCACAAAGUGCCCUAGCGGAAUCAGUAGAUGUGGAGUUGAUUGCAAAAGCCCUGAUGGGUGCCAAGCGGCCACUAGUUAUCGCUAGCUACCUAGGCCGUGAUGUGCGAGCUCCGGCUCUCUUGGAAGACUUGUGUGAUAAAUUGCCAAUCAGUGUGGUGGAAAUGGUUGGGUCGGAUGUCUGCUUGCGAAACAAUCACGCUGCCUACCGGGGUGUCACUGUCACCACCCACCCCGAUGUCCUGGAGGCCGAUGUGAUACUUAUCAUGGACUGCGAUGUACCCUGGAUUCCGACGCAGGGAACAACAAUCUUUCAUCUCGACGUCGACCCUCUGAAGCAGCAGAUGCCAUUAUUUGCCAUUAAAGCUAUGGGACGACUCAAAAUUAGCUGUUACAUUGCCCUACAGCAGCUGAACGCUUUCCUAGAUACCCAAUGUUUAGAGAGAAUGAAAUACGGCUCAUAUUUCGAAACGCGAUCCGCUCGAUAUGCAAGUUGGCGUGAACAUUUGAGCAGUCUCGAGGCACCCACUGGAGUCAGUCGCACAACGGUUCCAUAUCUAGCUUCCACGAUUCGACGACUUGUGCCACAGAAUACAAUCUAUGUGCUAGAAGCAGUGACAAAUGCAGUUCCUCUGAUCCAUCACCUCAACCUUACUCGACCUGGCUCUUUGGUUGCAAGCGGUGCUGGUGGUCUGGGAGGGGGAGGCGGCGCCACCCUGGGAGUGAAAUUGGCAAAGCCGGACGCCUUUAUCUGCGCAUUCGUGGGAGAUGGCACGUUCCUUUUCUCUCAAAUGGAGAGCGUCUACUGGAUUGCCAAACGGUAUAGUAUCCUAUUUCUGUUGAUUGUUCUCAACAAUGAAGGAUGGAAUUCCCCUAAGGUAUCAACUCUUCUUGUGCAUAAAGAAGGACUCUCUUCAAAAUCGCACAGACGAGAUCUUAAUAUGUCAUUUGAGCCUUCUCCUGAUUACUCGGGCAUUGCAGCGGCAGCUGGUAAUGCAUGGAGUGCUAGAGUCAAACAUCCUGAGGAUCUUGGUGCUGUUAUUACUGAGGGAGCGGCGAUUGUGAGGGGUGGUAGAAGUGCAGUAAUUGAGGUGGCUGUUCCGUCCAUUUGGGAUGAAACUGAUCAUUGA